ACUGGUUUCCUGGAUGGCCUCAGUUCAAUCAUUAUGGCGCUCAACCCAGCGACGACGGUCUGGCUGACCAAGAUUGCGUCGAAUUGCGCGACCUCUAUCGGUUCCCGAGUAAAGGGAUGGGUCAAACGAAGACGUACUACUGGAAUGACAGAAAUUGUGAAGCACUUAAUCCUUUCAUAUGUCAACAAGCUAUUACAAAAGAUACUGCCAAGACCUUCGCAUCUCCUAAAUGUAACAGAUCCAUCGUUCUCCGGUCUGGAUAUCCGCAAGCUUUCAUCGAAAGUCCAGGAUUCCCCAUUUCUUAUCCACCAGCCCUAACCUGCCAUUUUACUGUUGCCGUACCACGUGGGAAACAAGUUGAAAUCCGUUUCAAUGACUUUUCUCUAGAGAAGGAUGACAGGUGCUCUUAUGACUAUUUAGAAAUUCAAGAUGGAGAAACACAAGAGGAAAGCUCACUUAUACGAUACUGUGGAAACUGGACAGAUAAAUUAAAACUUCUUCGCUUCCUGAGCAGAACUAAUCAAAUUAAGCUUACCUUUCAAUCCGAUAUUUCUAACACGGAAAGAGGAUUUCAAGCAGAAGUCCGUGUUGGACCUGACGAAAACGAAGCAGUCGCCAACCAAUGUGACAGUCAAAUGUUUCGACUUUUGAAUAACACCUGCUAUUUGUUAAUCUCGUACCCGGAAGUUAAGUGGUCUAAGGCGAAUGAUAUCUGCGUCGAAUCUGGUGCAAGAUUAGCCACUGCGCAAUCUCUCAAGCAAAAAAUGGUACUUCAGUCCCUCGUAGAGUCUGCUGACGAAAGUCGAUCUUACGUGUUAUACUGGGUGGGAGGAGUCAAAGAAGCAGGACUGAAGAACUGGUACUGGAUUGAUGGACAACCAAUUGACGAAAUAA